AUGACAGGUCACACACAGUCUUUUAAUGUUACUUUUGUUUAUGGUCGCAACACUUUGGAGGAGAAGAAGUUCUUAUGGCAGGGUUUAUCUCAGCUUGUUCGUCCAAUACACUCUUGGAUGAUUUUAGGCGAUUUUAAUGCUGUGUUCACUGCAAAGGAUAGGAAUGGGGGAAAGCCAGUUUCUCAGAUGGAAAUUGUAGACUCUUCUCAUUGGAUUGCUAUGAACCAUUUGGAAGAUCUUAAGAGUACUGGAUCCUUUUUUACGUGGACUAACAAUCAAGAUGGAAUGGCUCAAAUUUAUUCCAAGAUAGACCAUGCUUUUAUAAAUGAGGAAUGGUUAGAUGGUUUUCCCAAUAAUUCAGCUGUGUUUAAAUGGGAAACUAGUUCAGAUCAUUGUUCCUGCACCAUAUCUGUUAUGCCAGUAGAGAAUUUGGGUGUUAAACCUUUUCGGUUCUACAAUUUUUGGACUGAGCAUGUUAAUUUUAAGCAGCUGGUAUUAGACAGUUGGAGGCAACCGAUGAAGGGUACAGGUUUGAAAACUAUCUUUUUGAAGACGAUGAGGCUAAAGCAUAAACUAAAGAGUUUCAACGUGGACCAUAUUGGAGAUAUAGGGGUUCAGUUUCAAAAAGCUAAGGACCAAUUUCAGGAUGCUUUGUAUCAUGCUCAACAUCAUCCUAGAAACCUUGUAUUUCAAGACAAUGUGAAGAUUGCAGCUGAAAAUUUCAGAGUCCAAGAGAAAAGAUAUCACAGUUUUUUAGCUCAAAGGAGUAAGAUAAGUUGGCUGAAACAAGGUGAUAUGAAUACUGCUUUCUUUUUUGCUUGUUUGAAGAAGCGUAAAGAGGAUAAUAGAAUAGCCACUUUCAUAAAUGAGCAAGGAAGGGUGGUGGAUAACUACUCUGAAGUUGUGUUUCGUUUUAUGAAUCAUUUUAAAGGUAUAAUGGGGAGUCCCAGUUCGGCUUCCAAGGGUUUAAAUAGUCAGAUUGUAGAUAUGGGAUUAAAACUGUCAUUAGACCAGCAACUUCUGUUAUUGAAACCGUUCACGCAUAAGGAAAUUUGA